AUGAUAACUGUCCACAUAAGAGAAGCACGUGGCACGCUAAAUAAAGGUGAUCUCUUAUGGGCCUUUCAGAUGCUCCAUAUGCUUUAUUUCAUUCUGGGUACGGCAUCAGUCUUAACGCUGGCAGCACUAGCGGCGGACCGGUAUGUCUUGGUAACAUCGCCAGUCAAAUACAAGACGAAGAUUACGUCUAAACGCGCCAUUGUAACUUCGGUGUUCAUUUGGGUUGCGGCGCUGGGUUUUUCUCUUUUAUACUUCAAACUCGGUUUCUUUUUGUACUCUUUCAUUUUUGCCAACACUGCUGUUUUAAGCACUUUUUUUAUUCUUCUGUUUACUCACAGAAGUAUUCUCAGACACUUGCGUAAGCGCUCAAAUUAUUUGCGAGAUCGGAGAACUGUUGAAAGCACAAUCUCUGAAAAACGAGAAUCCGCGAAGAAGAUAAGGAACAUAAAGAAAGAAAGAAAAGUAGCCAAAGCGUUAUCGAGUGUUCUUAUUGCUUUUCUUGCUUCCUUUUUACCUGCCUGUGUGAUAAUUUACUUGCUUAAUUUCUGUUUAAGCUGUAAUUGUCUGCUGGUACAUUGGUUAAGAGAUAUUCAGGCAUUAUUUGUUUGCUUAAAUUCUGCCGUCAACCCCUAUUUGUACGCUUAG